AAUCAACGGAAUCAAGUCAAACAUGGAGCAAAAUAUUCUUGGGCAGAUUCUAACUUUAUUUGAGGGCUUCCUUCAGAAGGUGAUCAUUCAUUAGCUAUUUGCAGCUAUAUCUACAAUAUGUCAAUAACAGGAAACGAUUUGCUCUUUUGCUUCAGCUUUUGUUACCUGCAGAUCUUGUAAAAUUCAGCUUCUGCCAUGAUAGACUUCUCACAACACAAGUUGAUAAGGUUGCUAUUUUAAAGCACCUUUCUGAACUAGUAGAAGACAUGCGGUUAUUUCAGGUAAUCACUGCUUAAUUUUCUCGAAGGCAGAAGAUAUACUAAGUCGAUCGAUCAUACUUUGUGGUGGUUAAGGAAAGUGCCCAUCUUGUUUCUGAAACUGGAUUAAAUUAAGGAUUUAAUUCCAUCUGGAUUGAAUCAUACUAUGAUGAUUGUCAUCAUACUUUAAAAUAGUGUACUUCCCUACCAGGCCCAUGGAAAGGAUUUUUUCUAAGACCAACCCCUCCCCCCCCCUCUUAACCCUUCUGAGACCCCCACCUCCUAAACUUUCAGUCUCUUCUGUAGGGCAGUAUGGAAAUUUUCUGAAAAUACACAUUAACAACUUUUUUCUUCGUUUAUACGUUUUUUGCUGGGCUCAAAAGUGUUGACUUUUUUGUUCUUCUAUAUUUUGUGUCAUUUGUGAGUGCUACAGGAUUUUAUAUGGAGGAUGAGCUAAUUCUUGAGCCUCUGCAUCAAAAUUAUGUACCAGUCAAUUCCAAACGUUCCCAUCCAUCCCCCCCUCCCCCAACCCCAUAUACCCUGAGAAUUUGACUGGAGUUAAGCUCCAAACAGUGGGGAAUUUCACUGAAAAUGAGGUCCCACCAGCCUGUAAAAUGUGGGCUUUCUGAAACAAACAAUUUUAUGGAAAUGAACAAAGCUCCAUAAGACAGCUUUUGAGACUUUCGGUCGUGUUUAGUAGGAUAUUUACAUUUGAAUAAACGGUUUGAGGCAUGGGAAAUUUUUUGAAAAGUUGCUUUUAUUACUACCUGGUGGGUGGGUGAUUUGACGCUUUUUGAAGCUCUAGCCAGCGGGGCAUUUGACCAACUAAAUUGCCAACAUACCAGGGAAUUUGACCAAAAUUUUUCAAAAAAGUCAAAUGCCCAGGGGAUGGGAUAGGUGGUUUUGGAAUUGACUAGUACAUUAAUACCUUUAUGGAUCCUACCUUUCAGGGAUGAUAAAUUACAUUAUAGUUUAUUUCUGAUCAUAAUAUUUUUCUUGUUGUAAAUUAUUGAGAUCCUGGAUCCCUGUACCGUAAUAAUGACCUAAGACUUUAAAUACUCUUUCAGGACAAGAGUGUUGCAAGUACACAAGAGUUGGCUGUUGAAUUGGCAGACCCACCAGCUAAAAAAUUAAAGUUGGAGGAACAACAGAACACAUUGAGUGGUAAUAUUUAAGACCUUUGUAGAGGGGUAUUUGUGUUUCUGGCAUUAACCUGCUUUGCUGUACUUCUUCCCUAAAAAACAGUCAUUUUUCAUGGAACAUAAAUUAUCUUAUUUACAAGAAGCAUUUGAGUUCAUGCUGCAGCUUGUCACGAAGAACUUUUGGUAAAACUUUAGGAUAAUAGACCAUGAGAAAUGUAAACUUGAACAAUUUUACAUCUGGAAUCUCGUGGCUACUGGAUAAUUAUAUAAACAUUGAUUCACAUCAUCAGUAUGUAAUUUGGGGGGGUAAAUUGAAGACAUCCCUUCUGCAUGAUGUCUCUAGUGGCGAGGAGUGAGGAAAGAGGUUAUAUUUGCAGGCUAAACCUUGCCUUAAGAAGAAUAUAAUAUCAUAUUUUGCAGUUUCUAAUGAUAUCACAGAACUGGAUGAAUCACUUAUUCAAGUCAAAGCUGGAAAAGCUGAGGUUAGCAUAAUCUGACACCAUGAAUGUCUUGAUGAACCAUUAGAGAAAUACAUGUAUCCCAAACAAAAAUUAAUGACAAAUAAAUUAUUAUAUUAUGUACUUGGUGACUUACUGGUAAUGGUUUUCCAUCUAGAUUGACAGAAGAAUUUCAGCUUUUAUUCAACGAAAAAGAGUAGAAGUGGACUUGCUGAAUAAAAGAGAAUUUUGUAGUGUUUUAGAUGUGGAAAAUAGUAAUGGUAAGAACAUCAGUGGACUUUAUUUCUAAUGUUUAUUGGCCAUUUGCUCAUAAUUUAAGAAUUAUUUUACUAUAACUAUGAGAGUUUCCCUUUAAGAGUUUAAAUUUUGUUUUGUUUAAUUGCAGUGUGUGUGUAUAUGUUCACCCUAAUAAUUAUUGAGAGAAGAAAUCAUAAAACAGACUUAUUCUGGUUUCCUAUUAGUCAGUGACACAAUAGAGACGAGAAGUCAUUACGUCACAUCGCCAUGGUAACAAAAUUUCUGGAUCUCAACAAACCGUGGUCUUGCAAAUAUGGUCAAAAGAAAUCCAUCAAGGGUGGGCCACAGGGGUAACAGCCCGGGUGGUCAGCAGUCCAUAGUGGAGAUGUUGAUAUGGUCAGAUAUUCCCUUGCGUAAGAUGUCGGCACUGCGGUUGACAAAAGUCUUAAAAGCUGUUUGAAGUUUAUAACAUCUUACUCUUUUUUUUAGGUAAUUGAUAUGGCGUUUCCGCAAAUUUGUGGCUUUCACUGUCGUUUUUUAACGUUUGAUGUGUCGCUGUCAAAAAUUAGUUGCUCAUUACAGUUGCUUGUCGCUGUUAAAAAAGCUCCAUGUCGCCAGUUUUCAGGCUAAUGUCACCUAGCCUGUGGGUUUUACCCCUUGGAGGGCCUCAAAUAUGGCAGAAAAAAACAAAAAUAAAUGACAACAUUUAGUAAAAUCUAACUAGUGGUCUAUUAUUGAUGCUGCGUUCUGAUUGGUUGAGCUACUACUAGGCUAUAUGUUAUAGCCUACUAGAAGCGAAAAGCGCACGCUUUUUGGCGGCAAAAAAGGAUUAAAGUUCAGCUUUCACUAGCUAAAUUUUUUUUAUUCUCGAUAUUUUUGACCAACUAGUUGGAUUUUACUAAAACAAUUAUUCCUCUCGCCCUCAUGGCCCCUGGUCCCUCUGAGUCAAUAGCCCAUGAGGCCAAAGAGCCCAUUUGGGCUCGAGGAAUAAUAAUAUUCCUAUUUUAUUCUCCUUUGCAUCGUCCCCUCUAUCUGAAUUCCGUGAUCAAGCUAGACAUACCCUUGAUAUGAUGCCAAGAUGCCAUUUAUUUUUCUCAAACAUGGAACGAGCGAUGAACAUUUCUUUUUAUCAACUUGCUACAUUGACAGAAUUUAGAUGUGCACGAACAGAUGCAGUAUUUGUACACAGACUUGGGCAGAAUAGUCACAUCAAAGGUCUGUGAACUUUUCUCAUGUUGUUCCUACUCUAUAGAGAGAAGAGAGGCUUGUAUAACAAUCCAGAAACGGCCAGUGUAAGGUGCAUUAGACUUGCGAAGGAGGGGGCCCUUUUUCUGGUCACACGUGUGCUGUGCUAGCUGGAUUACCAGCUUUUGCUUCUCAUAAAAGCUCCAAAUUAAAAAUCUUGUGAACUAUUAAAGGAGGCAGAGCACAAAUUGUUAUGAAGGUGAACACGAUCAUUGCAGUAGACUGACCAACCUAAAUUUUAUUAGCAAAUUGUUGAUGAGUACUCGAAAUAUUUCGAUGUCACAUAGCAGACUUUUCCUCUAACCAGCUUACCAGAUGGAGUUUUUAGUCACGUUACAUUUUGUUUAUUUCAUUAUUCGUUUAUCACUGAGUGGUCCAUGAAAGUGCAUGUCACUGGGGCACCUAAGUGGACUAAUGCCAUUCCACUAAAAUAAUUACUCAUAGUGAUACUAACUGAAGUCCAAAAUGAUAUUUUCAUAGUGACCAAAGUUGAUGACAGUAGUACUACAUCAGAGGCUCAAGCGCUAGGACCCGAGAUUUCAACUCGUUCAUCUCCUCAACUAGAAACAAAGUCUUGCCCUGGAGUAGAAGAACGUCUUCGAAACAUCGAAACUCAUCUAGGAUACAGGCCAGGUAAAGCCACUCAUCUGGCCCCGGUUGUUCAAACACUAAAUAAAUAGUGCUAUCCACCAGAUAAAUCACAAUCAAGCAGAUUAGUGUUAUGGAAACCAAGUGUUUAUCCGGCAAAUAGGUAUCUAUUAACUCGAGCCCAAAUGGGCUCUGAGUCAAUAGCGGCUGCUAUUGACUUAGAGGCCAUGAGGGCAAGAGGAAUAAUAUUAUUAUUUUACUAAAAUCCAACUAGUUGGUCAAAAAUACUGAGACAAAACAACUUUAGCUAGCAAAACACGAUUCAGCCACCAUUGUUUUGGUUUUCAAAGCCGGCGCUUUUGGCUACAAGUGGGCUAUAACAUAUAGCCUAGUAGUAGCUCAACCAAUCAGAAUGCAACAUUGGUAAUAGACCACUAGUUGGAUUUUACUAAUUUUGGAUUAGCAUUAUCCACCUUUUGAACAACUGCAGUCUGAAAGAGAAUGAGAAUUCACAUGGUUCACAAGGCCCUUGAGAAAAAGUGAAAAAUGUACCAGUUUUUGUAAAUAGUAAGACUCAACCACAUUCCUGAUUUUGGUGCGAUAAAAUUACUAGUACCAGUGAUUUCGUUAUAUCUGCAUCAUGCGACCCUGACGCACAAAAACCCAGACGCAAAAUAAUUUGUGGCAUGUGUCCCAUAGGAUACAAAGAUCGAUCAUUUAGCCUUUGUUCUGCUUUAAAAAAAAGACUUUAUUUUUAACUGUCUGGUUUCAUAAAGGCUCAAGUAUUUUCAACUUUGGACUCGUUUUUUUUUUUUUUUAACUGGAAUUCAUUGGUUCUGGCCUGGGACUCAUGAUAUUUGCCAAGAGGAGUCCCAGGAGUCACCAUAACUAUCUGUCACAAAAUCACUGCAGUACCAUUUGUCAGACAAUUCCCACUGAAAUUUGAUGGUAAGCUCUCAUAGUUUUGAGUGUCACUUUUAGCGGAUUUUAGUUUAAUUUUUGGCGCAAAUGUUUAUGUUUAAUUUGCGAGUUGAACAUAAUGACAAUACCCCUUUAAUAGACUGGCACAUCAGCACAGGUAACCACUGUUUCUCACACUUCUUUAUGAACAAAGAUAUUUUAAUUCUAAAAAUUAAUCUCUAAGUUACAUCUGAGCAUAUUGAACAAAAAAGGCAGCGGUAGCUAAAUUCUAAAAAUACAGAUUGAAGCAUAUGCAACAACUUUUGAUUUCUGAGAUUUUAGCUUAAGACUUGAGGUAAGACUAUAAAUUAAUUCUCAAACUGACUAUAUUUACAAACGUACGUGCACAUACACACAAACAGCUGAAAGUAAAACUCAACAAGUCUUCGGCUGUGCCAAGUGUUAUUAACCCUAAAAAUUGCUGUCUUGGCAUUUGUUAAAAGGUCCGUGACAGCUUGCUCAGUGUCGAUCAUCGAAGAAAGUUUUUGUGUUUAUUUGCUGCUGGUGUACUUGGUCACUGCCUUUGUUCCCUCACUGACAGCGUGUUUUGCCAGCUCGCCGGGCAGAAGUAGUCUUAUGGCGGUCUGGAUUUCUCGUGAACUUAUCGUUGACUUCUUGUUGUAGUGUGCCAGUCUGGAAGCUUCCGUCGCUAUUCGCUCGAAAAUAUCGUUCACAAAAGAGUUCAUGAUGCCCAUAGCUUUACUUGAAAUCCCUGUGUCAGGGUGAACUUGCUUCAAGACUUUGUAAAUGUAAAUGGCAUAGCUUUCCUUUCGCUUUCCUCUUCUUUUAGUCUUUCCUUCCGUCGUGGCUUUAGCCUUGCCAGCCCUUUUCUCGCCUUUCUUACCAGCUACCUUUGGUGCCAUUUCAAAGAUUUUGUGUGAAGUUUUUCAAUCAUGGCGGGUAUUUAUAAGAAAGAAGCUCUCGGAUCAAUUAGUAUGCGGAUCGAAAAUCCUUUGUUACGAUUGGUGCACAUAACAGAAUGACCUUUGCCCAGUUCUUUUCUGCUUCCGCCAUUCAGUGCUAUGUGUCAUGGCCCGUUCCUUUAUAUUUCGAAGCCACUCUUAACAUUUUCUCGUGAUUUUUCUCAUGAAAAUCUGUGUAAUGGGUAUCACGAGUCUCCAUGCGUCAACCAGACUUUUGUAGUUGAGAAAAGGAAGAUUUGGUCGUCUUUGUAUUGUUUGGGGGGUGGGGGUAAGAAAACGAGAUAAAUAGACGGACAUCUUUUUGUGCGAACUGAAACAAUUAGAGUAAAUUGUUCCGUCGCCGAGAAACAAAUUUUAAGGUUGUAGAUGGGGUAUUUGAAUAACAACAUGAACUGAGUUGGUCAUAAACUUUCGAGAGAUGUGGUGGCUCCUAAAGGAGCCGUUUAUAAGUCUGCAGAUGAUCCCUCUAGCCGCCGAAACCGUACAGAGUACGUCCCUGGCGUUUGAGAGCGUAGACCACGUCCAUGGCGGUCACUGUCUUUCUCUUGGCAUGUUCGGUGUACGUCACAGCGUCACGGAUAACGUUCUCCAAGAAUACUUUUAGAACACCACGGGUUUCUUCGUAGAUGAGGCCUGAGAUUCGCUUGACACCGCCACGGCGAGCAAGACGACGGAUAGCUGGCUUGGUUAUGCCUUGGAUGUUGUCACGAAGGAUCUUUCUGUGACGCUUAGCACCUCCUUUUCCGAGACCUUUUCCUCCCUUUCCUCUUCCAGACAUUUUACUCGCUGUUUUUCACAAACUUAGUAAUGCUAAAUUGCUGUUCAACUGCUUUGCUUUCUAAGGGUCGGCCGACGAUUUUGUAAGGUGAAAGCGGACCUCUUAGGAAACGCAGAAAUAUUUUGAUUGGUUCUGAAGAGAACAAGGAACGCUCAUUACGUCAACUUGGCCUUCGCAUAAUUAUCAUAUUUUAAGACAUUUGGAUCCGUCCUCUUGUCGUUGAAUCGUAUUUGCUCCCUUUUCCUGCCGUUUACGCGGGUUUUUAAUCAAAAUAACAGCUAGAAUAGAAAUGCAAAGAAACCCGAGGAUCGAAAUCCACCAAUCACCGACUAUUCAUUUUAUUAUUUUUUGGCGUACAUGUCACAGUUUGUUUGGGUUUGAACAACUUUUUCAUUUUUUUUCAAAAAUCAACAUUCGAUUAUGGAAUAUCUGUAUUCAUUUUAUGUUUUUGAAUCAACAAACGAAAUUUUUUCCGAAUUGAAAAUGGCUUGGACGGGAGUUUACAAAAUUUGGAUCCGUCCUACGUUGACGUGAACUUUUUAUUUUUUUACAAAAAUUAUCUGUAUUCAUUAUAUUUUGCUUGUUGAUAAAAUUCGAAAGAGACAGACCACGAAUAAUACCUUAAAUGCUCGAAUUAAUGCCCGUGCCCCCGCACCCCCUUUUUCUUCGUUAAGAGGGAUGGGAAUUUCUAAAGUAGGUAUGUAACGGGUGCCAUUUGUCAAGAGAAGGUAUACUGAAGGGGUCCUUUUUUUCUCAGAAAUGGUAUAUUAAAAGGAUAAAGGGUUGGACCUCUGGCCGGAGUCUCCCCGAAUGAACUUUGUUGAAUACCCUUCCGACAAUCACCAGGGAAUGCCCCGUUUGAGAACAUCGCUGUCGGAUGCUGAAGACGCGAGUCCUAGAGUCAUAUAGCCUGAGGGAGUAAAACCGACCUGAAGUAAUCGUUUGAAAUUCAGGCCAAAUGUCAUCAUAAGGAUAGUACCAGAAUAUGGUGACCUAACAAAACGUGAAAUAAAAGUGGUAUUCAAAAGAGAAGUACAAUGUAUAUGUUUACGUUUUCCUGCUUAAUGCCGCUACAGCCAUUUUUUAAGGGAAAAGCCCUGGGGACGAGGUUGCAGUGCAUCCUUUUUAAUUGCUGAAAAUGCACUGUCUCCUAAAUGUGAGUAAAUCACAAAACCAGAACGUUUUCUCGACUUUUUCACAGCCAUUAAAGACAUUAAAUGCAUCUGUUAGCCCUUUUGGGUCGAUCUUUCUAUGGAUUUUUACAGUCCGGAAUGACAGUUUUCCCUUCCCUUUCAUAUACUUCAGCUAGUGAAAUUCCUACCCUUUGAAGCCUGAAAAAGGUACCCUUUGAGGGCGGGGCCUCCAGUGGCGGAUCCAGACCUUCAGAUAAGGGAGGGGGGUGGCCGGUCAUUCAGACCCUGACAUAAGGGGGGGAAGCGGCCUCCAAAAUUUUUUUCCGCCCUUCGGGCCUCAGUUUGGUCUAAAAAGAAGGGGGGCCCGGGCCCCUUCCCUGAAUCCGCCACAGGCCUCACCGUGUAGGCCAUUCUGGGGAGUACCUCCCUCGGAGGGAGACACGCGUGUCUCCGCCGCGCUUCCAGUUUUUUCUCCCAUAUUACUUCCAAUUUGCUCUCAAAGGACGGUCUUUAACACUGACACCUCUGUAAAAUGGACACCUAGAGUUGGUCCUUGCCUUUCUUUACUCACUUUAUUUGACUCUCUAUAAGACUGACACCUCUGUAGAAUGGACACCUAGAGUUGGUCCUUUCCUUUCUUUACUCACUUUAUUUGACUCCAUCAAACGGACAUCUCUGUAGAAUGGACACACUAGAGGGUCCCAGUCUUUCUUUAGUCACUUUAUUUGACUCUCUGUAAGACUGACACCUCUGUAGAAACGAAAAUUCAAGUUGGUCCCUGCCUUUCCUUCCUCACUUUAUUGGACUCCAGUGUCUUAUAGGACAUCUCUUUUACUGAUGCUUAAGGUCCCAAAGUCCAAACGGAUGGAUUGUAAUUUGACAAUGUACCUCCCCCCCCCCCUCUGAAACGAAAAUACAAGCUCAAAACUACCCUUUUGAGUAUUAGGCUAUGUUCGCACUGUACCGGAUAGCUCUUGCACCGGCGCGGAAACCACUGAUACCGGAUAGGGUUUCUGUUCACACAUAAAAUCGGUUACUACUUAUGCUGCGCCUGGAGCUGCUGUAAGUCACGGAGUCACUGGCUAUAUUUACAUCUAUUUCGAGAAAGGUUGUCGGAAAAAGCGCACGCGACAAUCCCGAAAGGUAUUGUGGGUGGUUUUGGGUUGACUGUUCUUCAAAGAAAUUUGAAAAAAUGACACGAGAGGCCAUGGGCGUAUGUUUGCGAGUGCUAAAGGAAAUAAACAAAAGUAGGUUCCAGAGCUACAGUGUCAGGAACAGUGUAUUGAUCAUAUCGCAUAUCACCUUUCGGGAUUGUCGCAUGCACAGUUUUUCGGACAACCUUUCUCGAAAUACCUGUAUUUCAAAAAGAUUUAUUCGCUUGAGUUCUUAGUCAUCUCUCCUCUCUUGUCUAUCAGGCGAAUCCUUUGCUUUCUUUCCCGAAACACGCCAUUAGUAAGAAUAAGGUAAUUUUCGUUUCGCAUUCAGUCGUGCGCUUUCAACGCUAUUUUUUUGUGAUCAAUUCCAGGGAGGCCUGUUCCAAGUGAUGUGUACAAAAGACUAGCUGAUCUGGAGCUCAAGGUUCUGCGUCUUGAAGGACUGUCACCGGAGUACUUCACUCAGAAUCAGGUAAGAUAUUACAGUAAGUUGUAUUAUAUGGCUGAAUCCGCGAACGGGCAAGAUGAAAUGAGUCCUGUGUUCUAGUUGGCUACCCGAGGGGGAAAGAUGGGCCUAUCUUGCCCGAGCGGGAUUUCCCGCGCUGGUCCCGCAAGAAAAAGUCCGCUUUUAGUCAUGUAUAAAUCCUUUAUUGACCAAGCUUAUCUGGUCAAGACUGGGUCAAGACUGGGUAUUUGGCUUGUUCUUUUUUACUUAUUUUUACUAUUAUUGCCUUCGUCUCGUUCCAUAAACGAAAUGCACAAAACAACUUGCCAAUAAUUAUAUCCAGCCAUCUUGACCUCACACUUAGUCAACAGCGCAUUAUACAUAGAACUACAAUGUAAAGAAAAUAACUUUUGAGAUUUACCGUUGAGAAGUGGUUUCUUUUGGUGAUACACCUGCUGACAAAAAGCCCUAAGCAGAGGGCAGAGUUGGGGGUGAGCGGGUGGCUGAUGUACCCAUAACCCCUCGCGUUCCCUUCGAUCACGCUUCUCGCGUUCUGUCCUCUGCGUGCGAUCCAAAUAGAGGCGACUGGGGCAAGUCAGAAGCAAAGCUACAAAUACCAGCCAUAAGUAGCGGUCGGACAAUCUGCUACCAAAAUUUACCCUUGUCCGACGAAAUUCUAUUUUCGUUCAGACAUGAUGAUCGGACAGAUCAAAUACUAAAGAGUUUCAUUUUUUAGUUGAGGAUUUGCAUAAAACUCAGAAAAAUUAAAAGCCCAUAAAAUGAUGUGUGUCGCGACAACUUUUCUGGUUUUAAAUGGGGACCUGGUCGGACAUAUGUCAUUUGUAAAAAGAAAAAUUAUUGCCAAUCCUGUUACAGCUGUAACACGGGACCUACGAUGUCAAAACUUUUUAAGGAUUUUGGGUUUUUCUGGCUGCGACGUCACUCAAAAUACAACCCUCUAUCUUGCAGAUUUCUCUUUGCAAAAGCCUUAGUCAUGCCAGAGAAAUUUUGUAAGGGUCAGGGUAGAAAUCAGAAUUGCUGUCUUCGAAUUGAAACCUAAAAGCAUUUCACAUACAAUCAUAGGAUGUCUUGGUAGGCUGAUUGACGUCAGAGGAAAACCCAAAAUCCAAAUUAUAGUUUUUGACAUCCAUAACUCUGGAAAUGAAAUCUACUGUGCUCUUGUUGCAAAAUGCGAAGAGAAAAAUAUGACUCUGCUUUUUCUUUUCAGGCUCAUACUAUCAGACGUGGAAAUAAUUCAAGAAAUGUGGAGAGAGCUGAUUUUACUCAGGUAUCGUGUCAUAAGAUUUUUACAACUUAAGCCCCGUGCAAACGCACGCAACAUUGUCGGCCAACAACUCCUAACAUUGUUAGAUGUUACAUGUUGUGUCCGGUUGCACACCUUGUUGCAUGUUGUUGGGAGUUGUCGCUCAAAGUUUGAAAACCGUCAAACUUUUAGCUACGUAGCUACGAACGGAAGCAACAACCGUCCCAACAAUGUUGGGAGUUGUUGGCCAACAACGUUUCGUCCGUUUGCACAGGGCUUUAUAGCGGUUACCCGAUGUAUCUGCAGGAAGUCCUUCUUUUUUCAAGAUGAUAAAACAGCUCGGAACUCGUUAUCUGUCUCCUCUUUCAUAUUGACAGGGCCUUACAUUAGAAGCAAUUGAUGAGCGAAUCAACAGUCUCCGCCAGUCACUAUCAAAAGGAAGAUGGCAAAAAGACGCAACUCGCGACGAGAUAAAAGAGAAUCAAUGAAAGGCGCUAUGAUGGA